UCCUCCUGCCGUAGCUCCACCUGACAUCCACCGAACCACCGAACCCCGGGCUCCUCGCAAGUGGAGAGUCUGGUACUCGCCGCGCGGAGAAGCAGACUCCGUGUGACAGCCGAACCCGACAUCCAGCUGCGCUGAGCGGCAUGGAGCGCUCCUGAUCCCCGCCUGUCACCCGGGAGACCAGCGACACCCCCUCACCUCUCAUCCUUUCGGAUCUGUUCGGAUAUUCUGGAGGCCCAAUCAUGUCUGCGAGAGAGAAGGGGGUACUGACCAAAGACAGUGUCAGCCUGCUGCCCUGUUUCUACUUUGUAGAGCUGCCCAUCCUGGUGUCGUCUGUGGUCAGCCUCUAUUUCCUGGAGUGGACAGACGUGUUCAAGCCUGUGAAGUCAGGCUUCAACUGUCACGACCGGACCUUGAGCCUGCCCUACAUCGACCCCAACCACGAGGUCAUUCCCCUGCUCAUGUUGCUGAGUCUGGCUUUCGCUGGACCCGCCAUUACGAUAAUGAUCGGAGAGGCCAUACUGUUCUGCUGCCUGUCCAGGAGGAAGGGCGGUGCCGGCGCCGAAGCCAACAUCAAUGCAGCGGGCUGCAACUUCAACUCUUUCAUACGCAGAGCCGUCCGCUUUGUUGGUGUUCAUGUGUUUGGACUUUGUGCCACGGCGCUCAUCACUGACAUCCUUCAACUGAUGACCGGAUACCCGACUCCCUACUUCCUGACGGUGUGCAAACCUAACUACACCACGCUCAACGUGAGCUGUGAGAAGAACCCGUACGUGAUCGAUGACAUUUGCUCCGGGGCUAAUCCAGCAGCCAUCAACCAGGGGAGGAAGUCCUUCCCGUCCCAGCACGCCACUCUCGCGUCCUUUGCUGCCGUGUAUGUGUCGAUGUACUUCAACAGCACUCUGACCGACUCGUCCAAGCUGCUGAAGCCCCUGCUGGUCUUCUCCUUCAUCAUCUGUGCCAUCAUCUGCGGGCUGACCCGGAUCAUUCAGUACAAGAACCACGCCGUCGACGUCUACCUGGGCUUUCUUCUGGGCGGAGCCAUCGCUGUCUACUUGGGUCUGUAUGCUGUUGGGAACUUCCAGCCAAGUGAGUCCCCCGUCACCCUCCCCCGCCCACCUCUGCAGCACCCCCCUUGCUCUUUGCCACACAUCAGUCAGGAGGCGGUACUUCACCACCUGCAGAUGAAAGCCAGCUUGGCCGGCGAGGUCGGCAUCCCCACGUCCCACUCCGAAGGUCUUCUCCACCGGACCCUACAGCAGCAGAGGUCUGAGGAGGGCAUGAAACACCCCAGCGGGGACGUGGACAUGCUCUCGCCUCAUAGCCCUCGAAUCAAGGAAGACGCGCUGACAUUCAGCCACACCCUUCCCCGGGUGCAUACGCCGCAGGCGAUGGCGGCGUACGAAGAGGCGGCCAGGCGUCACGCCGCCACCCUCCACCACGCCUCCCUGGACUCCAGCCGCUCCAAACAGCUUUUGUCUCAGUGGAAAAGUAAAAACCACAAAUGCUCGCUGCAAGUCCCAAAUUCAUACGCCUCAAAUCUUGACUCACCCACCGGCCAGCCUGUCCAGCAUCCUCACCACCACGGCAGCAUGGAGCUCCGCUCCAGAUCCGAGCCAUCCGCAAUGGGUUUGAACGGAAAUUUUGACGCCCAUGCGUACAUGUCCAAACUGCCCACUGGAGCCAGCACCACCCUGCCAAGCAACUGCAGCGGCAUCACCGGGGGAGCGAGGAUCUCUAUGCAGUCCAGACCUGGGUCCUCACAGCUGGUCCAUAUACCGGAGGAAGCUCAUGAGAACUACAACGCAAGCUCUCAGAGGAUGCCAGGAGGGGGCGACGGUGAGGAGUCUGCUGUCAACCCUGCAGUCCAGGCUAACUGGCAGAGAGCGGUGGAGAAGACCGCUGAAGCCGAACAGCCACGACUCAUGCAAGUCAUCGCGUUGUCCAAGCAGCAGGGGCUACUUCAGACCCAUUCCAAGAGUCUAGAUGAGAGCAGCAUUGGCUGCAGCAAUACUGGGAGUUGCCAAAGUUCCUCUCGCUUCAGAGCGCAGACCACCCAGGAAAGCACGACUGGCCCGAGCUCGCUGGGCAGCACCACUGGCAGCAUUUCAGGAAGCACUGGGGCGAUCGUCCGGAUAGAAGCACAUCCGGAGAACAACCGGCCGGUCAUUCAAGCUCCGUCCACGGACGGAAGCGGGUCAUGGCGAUGGCGGUCCCUGGACCAUGGCAGCGGCGCUCCUGGUGCCGGAGGAGCAGCUCCAGGUUUCAGGCAGUCGUUCGAAGUGAACGAUCUCAACAGAGACUCGGAAGGCGCCGAUCCGAAACGCGAAGGAUCUAUCGAGAGAAAGCACGCCAAUCACAUCGUCACCACCACCGCCACGGUCAGCACGCCGCCCAUCGUCACGGUUCACACCCAGAACACUGGUCAGUCCGAGCACAAGCUGCAUCCUCCGGGCUUCUCCACCAUCAGGGUCACGCCGGGCGACGGCGGUGGGUCUGGAAGCGCAGCACCAAGUCGAGACGGCUCCUCAGAAACACCCUCCGUCUCCUCCAGUCGCGAAUCUACACUGCGGAGGAAAGGCAACCACAUUCUGAUCCCGGAGAGAGCGAACAGCCCCGACGUGACCCGCAACGUGUUCUACAAGGGGACGUCCAUCACGCCUACUUUCAAGGAAUAACGGGACCAGAAACUGCUGACUGCGACCCCCUCGAUGUGUGAAAAGAUUCUGCAUUUAUCGUACUCCGGAGUUUUAUGCAGCAUGAGACUUUUGUAUGUGUUAGCACUGAAGCACAACCUUUGUUGUCGAAAUCACUGUGUACUUUUGUGGUCACGCCUGAAAACACCUCUGGGGGGGUGGAGGGGUAUUUUUCUACCGUGUUCUGGAGACAUUUUAAAUAUAAAACUGCCCCUAAAUAGGAUUUUUAAAAGUAGCACAGAGGCUUGUGAACUGUGGACAACUGCUGCCAAAAUAAUAAUAAUAAUGAUAAUGACAUAUCCUGCUACUGUAAAUACUGUGUCUGUUUGAGGGUGCUACCGCAGAGUAACAUGAAUUAUCAUUUCAGUUAGAAAAAAAUAUUUUACAAAACCUAAUAUUGUUAUAACAUAGUUAAAAGACUUAUGUUUUGUAUUUUUGUCUCUUUCUGUACAGACGCCACAAAGUCAACAAGUGUACCAUAAGUGUGCUUAGCAUUCUUCUGUAGCUACGUCAAGUCACACACGACUUGCUAUGUGUGUUUACUAAACCCUAUCGACUGUAAAUGAACCUUUAUAUCCUGCGGUCCAUGUCUGCAGCACCAAGCACAGAAAUUUUUGUAUUGAAUUAGGGGUUUCCUGCUGGUUCAAAUCUGCAAUUGCAAGGUGAAACAUAUCCGACAAAUAGUUUUAAACGCACAGAUGAUGUAGCAAAUUGUGAUAAUCUUCAGGGUUCCAUUCAGUAUUUUACCUUUUUUUUGGGGGGGGAAAGCAUUUUUCUUUGAUCGAAGAUCGUAUUAGUUGUAGCCACCAUGGCAUACAGUGCUACGAGUAGCAUUGCUAGCAUACAUGUUCACCAGCCUUUCAGUCGCUCAACAUGACUUCAGGAGAGACUGGACAGAGUCUUCCGCCUAGCAUUUUUUAAGUGUCCAAAAUCAACCAGCAGAUUUCUAGAAAAAAAAAAAUAUAUAUAUAUCCUUCCAAAUGUGUAAAAUCUGACGUGUGAGUUGUUUAGUGUUUAUUUGAUGGUGCGUUAUGGAUAUCGGCGGUGACAAACGCCGCCACUGGAAAUGAAAUAAUAGAGGCGUAAAUAUUCCAGUUUUGGUGCCAACUGUUUCGUAGAGUUGUUGCCAAAGUGUCAUGCGUGUGUAAAGAAAAAAAGCCAAAGGCAGAGUUUCACUGGAAUAUAAAUGAAAUUUAUCUGUACAGCAAGCCUGCGUUCUAUUGUACGUGAUUUACUCUAUAAAAGCAACAUUUGCAUGGUCACUUUUCUUGAACAUAUCAUGUUGAAAAAAAGGUUCAAUUGUAUUUUUUAUCUGUUUCUGUGUUUCAUAGUGAGAGAUGACAAUCUUUAUAUUGGAGUGCCGUCGCCCAAUCAGGUUCUUGUUUUCAGGCUGGUUUUAUGACUCAUGAUGGACCCUGCUAGAAGCCAGAGCGGCUUACGACAGCGGCUGAGUUGGUCUCAGGCGAGUGUAAGGAGGCGGGACGCUGCUCCGAGCGGGGUGUCUGUUUUGUUGAAGCUUUCUUCUCAGCUAGUGAACACAGACCCCUUUGAAUCAUCUGAAACCAGCUGGUAUGUGUUAUGCAUGCUGGGAAGCAAGGCCAGUCCUCCUAUUGAAGGUGGAAUGAAAACCUACAUCCUGAAAUACCUUCUGACCCUUCUUAUUGGAUUUGAACCCGUGACCCAUCAAUAUUCACAUUCAAACAGUCCAGAUCUAGUUAAAGGUGGGGCGGAGUUUUUCCUCUCUGCAACCAAUUAUUACAUGCCCUAACACAAAGUCUUUAGUCACCUGUGCAAUGUACGGCACUGUAAAAAAGUCGUCCUGUCAUUCAACCGACCCGUUCCAAAUAACUGGAUUGGGAUAUGGCUAUCCAGCUCUGCUGCCUCUUGUUCCGCUCCUUCCCCAUCCCUCCUGUUUCUACUUUCUUUCAGUCUCAGUGUUAGGAGAAAACCUUACAGAAUUGAUGUCGUGCACAGGCAUGACUUCGGCGAAGGGUUAGGGUUGUUCAAACCAUUUUUUCACCAUCCCCAACCCUACCAUUAAGGGAACGAAGUCCCAAAAUGUAACAGUGAAGUUGGAAUGCUUGUGGUGCUACAAUCGAUUUUAGACUCGAAGCUUGGGUAUAUGGAAAAGACUGCCAGUAGAACCACUGCUCCUCCGUAUCAAGAGGCGACGGUUGCAAUUCAUCAUAAGUUUUUGAGGGUCAUGUAAACAAAGGACUUUGCAUGGUUGUGGAACAGCCGACUGAUGCUUGUCAGAGGAUGAAAUGUCUGAAAGCGAUCAUUCUCUCUUAAGAAGGGUCAGCAGUGCAAAACACGUAAAGCGUGUCGGUCAACAGAGCGACUUAUUUUUCUGGCCGAGCUGUUUUGACACAUUCUAUCGGCAGUUUUGAGAGGUUGGCAUCAUCGUUUGCAGUUUGUUUACGUUCGAAAACCAGUCAGUUUCUGUACAGCAGCGAAGCAAUGUAGAGAACCGCUUUAAUGCUGCUUCUUCUUUGAUACUGAAGCUGAAGAGCUUUUUUACCUGCAUUGUAAUGGUGCGCCAACAGUAGUGAUGGGCUUAGUGAGGCUUCAUGAAACAGUGUCCAGACUUUCAGAGCCCACUAAGUGACACGCUCUGCUCCAAAAUGUUGGGAUUGGAUGAAACUGAAACAUUUUCAAACCAUGGGCUCUAUGGUUUAAAAACGUCAAUGAACUAGAUGAAGAAAUGGACUAGAAAAUGUCAAGGCAGGUGAGCAAAUACUUGUGGUAAUAUAGUGUAUUUCUACAGUAGAUAAAUCCAAUCCACCAUGUUGUCUAUCCACAGACUUAAGAGCCAGUCCAGCUGAGUAAAACCGGACCAUUUUUAGACCAUGGGCGCUACCUACUGAGCCCUGAAAAUGAGGGCACUGCUUCACGAAGCCUCAUCAGCCCAACACUGGCCGACAGGCUCUACUGUAACUCCUGUGACAUCACAAAGGCUUGUUUCCGGUUCUUGCUUUGUGCACCACUGUCUUGUCACUUAGAAAUAGUUUAACAUUUAUUUAAUGCUCUAACUCAACAGAGCCAACUAUGUCGAUGAUAUGUGAUCUUUUUGUUGUUUUUUUUUUACUGCGUAUUUAUGCAUCGUUCCAGUGGUGCGUCGGUGACUCUUUAAGUUGCGAUUAUUGGCUUUGGGUUCUGUUCAGGUGCUGCUGACUGUCAGUAUUUUCCACAAGACGUCCUUUGUUUCAUUUGCGGUCACAAUUCAACAGCAGAAAACCUGGGGGUAAUAAGAACCCGCAACGGCUCUGCUUCCAGUCUCUCAUGAAUGACAGAGCUCUGAAACUGUCACGAGGGAGACGUCUUCCCCCAAGUUACCCAGCAUGUGUUCUCCUCUACUGUACUUUCAUGUCUAUAAAUACAGCCUGUCCCAUGGACCUGAUUGAGGCCACGCCAUGAAUUUUACUUGCAUUUCAGUUGUUUUAGAGCAAAGCCUUAACAUUGUUCAUAUCCCCCAGGUUGCCACCGAAAAUGAUGAAUAAUAUAUAUAUAUAUAAAACAGAGAGAAAUUGAGGUGAAUAAUUUCUGUGUUUCACUAUGGUUACAUGUGUGUCUCAGAGGCCGGGGAUGUAACACUUGGGUAGCAGCGUAGACCUGUGACUGGAUGUUCUCUGCAUGUGUUAACCUCUCGUGUCGUCCAUGGAUGAUAAUACUGUUAUCUGAUACUGUGAUCAGCUGUGUGGAUUCUAUGCAGCCAAACUUUAACACACUAACCCUGAGAGUGGAGGAGGAAACGCUCGACUUGGACUCGCAGGUCAGGGUAGGUGACGGUCUGUUCAUUGUCAAUCAUUUGGAUUACUGGAAUAAAUGUUUGCUACUGAAGACAGUUGAAGUGUCUUUUCUUUUCCCCAGAGGUUGGUACGUGUAAAAUUCAGAGGCACUUAAGACACUGUUUUUCCAAGUGCGUGACUCAGGA